AUGUGGGUUAAAUCGCGUAAGAUUGAAUGGAACACACAUAAAGAAGCACUAGAAAAUCUACUGUGUGAAAGAACUAUUUUACUCCUCUUCCUCCACCAUUACUCCCACCUCCACCAUUACUCCUCUCCCUCCACCAUUACUCCCCCCUCCACCAUUACUCCUCUCCCUCCACCAUUACUCCCACCUCCACCAUUACUCCUCUCCUCCACCAUUACUCCCACCUCCACCAUUACUCCUCUCCUCCACCAUUACUCCUCUCCCUCCACCAUUACUCCCACCUCCACCAUUACUCCUCUCCUCCACCAUUACUCCCACCUCCACCAUUACUCCUCUCCUCCACCAUUACUCCUCUCCCUCCACCAUUACUCCCACCUCCACCAUUACUCCUCUCCUCCACCAUUACUCCUCUCCCUCCACCAUUACUCCUCUCCCUCCACCAUUACUCCCCCCUCCACCAUUACUCCUCUCCCUCCACCAUUACUCCCACCUCCACCAUUACUCCUCUCCUCCACCAUUACUCCCACCUCCACCAUUACUCCUCUCCUCCACCAUUACUCCUCUCCCUUCACCAUUACUCCUCUCCCUCCACCAUUACUCCCACCUCCACCAUUACUCCUCUCCUCCACCAUUACUCCUCUCCCUCCACCAUUACUCCUCUCCCUCCACCAUUACUCCCACCUCCACCAUUACUCCUCUCCAUCCACCAUUACUCCCACCUCCACCAUUACUCCUCUCCUCCACCAUUACUCCUCUCCUCCACCAUUACUCCUCUCCUCCACCAUUACUCCUCUCCUCCACCAUUACUCUUCCACUCCACCAUUUACGGAAGAGGUUUUCUAA